AUCUUUCACCGACGUCAUGGAUUGAGUUUUUUGACUGCUGAACUUCAAUACCAUACAGCGAAGGAAGAAGAUCGUAGAAAAGUGUGUAACCAUCAGCGUCAAAAGCAAACGCGAUCUGCUGCACUAUCGGUUUCGUUUCACGUUUCCUGAUUGUCGCAAUUUAGUGUGCUAGAGCAGAACUCUAUCGGACCCGCGAAGACCCGCCGUGAAAUGUUAUAAACACCGAUAGAGUGUUUUCGUUCGGGAAGAUCCAAGACGGUUCGGAAAGAGACGGCCAACGUAGGAAAAUGUUCCGUUGAAAAGAGUGUAUACAAGAAAUCCCACAAAGCUGUGGGUGAAGAUGGUACCACCAUUGAUUGCUGUUCCGUUGCAAGGUAAUUAUCACGGCGCCUGUGUCUUGUACAGAGUGAUGCAAAGGAAUUCGAAGUGUCAAAAUAGAAUUUCGUCACUGCUGGUUUCCCGGUGGAUUGUCGAAUAUAUUCAAUGGAAAAGUGCAUCACCAACCGAGCCAGGGAAAGGAAAAAUAGAGCAAUAGAAAAUUCCAAUACGCUUGAAACUAUGCUUCGACGCCAGUGCGUUAUUCUUCCCCCGUGCACCGAGGUCUUCCACCGUCACGCAUGUUCAGCCGCUGCCCGGGCAGUAGUGUUCUAUUAUGACACCUGAAGCGUACCUAAUCCAGCGCUUGGCAAUUGUUCGAGGCUCAUCCGAUGGAUACAUCCUUUCGAGCAACUACUACUACUAGUGACAAGAGUGUGCUACUUCCCCGAUCGAUUGGAUCUUCUGAAAAAAGACCCAUCAGCACCGCGCGCGUUGGGCGAGCGGAAUCGACCAGACGACGACGGUGGCGACCAGCGCACAUUCACACACUGAAAACAAACGAAAAAAAAGCAAGAGUGGAAAAAUAAAGAAGAAGCGGAGAAUAAACAGGUUUUAAUCGUGAGUGCUAUGAAAAAGCGGGAAGGCUGGAAGAAGAGUAAGCUGAAGCAAAAUAAGUCAAGUUUUACACAUAAAACGUACCGACAAGUCUGAGAAGAGAUAGUGGUGGAUAGAAGCGAAAAAGAGUUGACCGGCCAGCAGCGAGCAAGCGAGCGGUUAAUUAUUUUAUUUUAGUGAUCUUUUCGGCUUCCCGAUCCGCACCGAUUGCCGGUACUAUCCGGCAAUGAUGCUAGCGGGGUGAAACGAUAGGAGAAAAUAAGAACGAGAGGAUAGUGACCAACGUUCUAACGAAUGUUAAAGUUAAUGUUAAUUAUGUUAUGGUGGACAGUGUUGUUGUUUUGUUGUUACAUUGUGUUUUGUUGGGAAUUUGUCCCCCUGGUGCGCUGAAAAGGGGGUUUUGUGGUGCUUUGGAUAUGAUUGCCGAGAAGAGGUUACGCGCAACGGAUAAACCAUUAUCGUGCGUUCGUUGCAUAUACCGGGAUUUGUUAUGUUUUGAGUGAAUCAAUGCCCACCCAAUACCGGGAUAUUUCAAGACUGAAUAAAGAUAAACAUCAUCUGGCUGAACUCACUUGCUUCCAAACUUACGCAUCGCCCCAGCUCAGCCACGGGUAGAACAGCGGAAGCAUUUCAUUAUUGCUGCGUUGGGCUGGACAAACCGCACUCUUGUUAAACAAUUAACAAUUCCGACAAACUACAGUCGAAAAAUUACAGAGCUUCAAAGAGGUAAAAAUUUGUCGACACCAAGCCGACGACGACGACGCCGAAAUUAAUGCACUUUUUCGUUUUCCGUACCGCGCACGGAAAACCACAAGCUCUUCUUCGAUGAGUCAGUAUUCAUCAUACAAAUUUGAUGACCUCACGUGUAGUGGACCAAGACCACCAGUGCCAGGAAAGGAAAGCCGUCCGAAGAUGACGGAAAGCUUACAUCAGAACAAGUCCCGCAUCUCCCCACCGGCCUACUACAAGUGGGCCGAUAAGCUAACCUAUCUGCUCGAAGAUGGUGACGGUGCCGAACUGUUCAGGCGUUUCCUCGACCUGGAGGGAGCGGAGCACGUCAACCACCUCAAGUUCUAUUUCGCCUGCGAAGGACUCAAACAGGAGAGUGAUCCGGAAAAAGUGACCCAACUGAUCGUUCAGAUAUACAAGCGAUUCCUGAAACGGGCACCUCGGGACUCCAAACUAUAUGUGGACGACGAUAUGCGAAAUCUGAUCAAGGCUGGGCUGAAAAAUGAGAAGAUUCUCACGCCCGACAUCUACGAUCAGAUGCAGGCGGACAUUGUACGCAUCAUUAGUACUACGACCUAUCCAAAUUUCCUGCAGUCUGAUUUGUACAUACAGUAUGUGCAAAACAUGCAAACCAGUAGUACGAGUGGGAGCGGAGGUGGUGCCAGUUGCGCGGGUGCAUCCUACGGGUUGCCGAUCGCUGGAGCCAGCUCUACCUCCGCUGGUACGGUGUCUUCGAUGACGAGCAGUAGUUCCACCUCGGAGCUGAUAUCACAUAGUUCCUCCGCCUUGCCAACCCUGCACGAAGAUUCCGAACUAGUCAACGCCGAUUCGAUCGAACAACUGUACGGUGCCACGGGGCCCGCCGUGGCUGCCAGCAGCAUGUCGCUCACCUCCGGUGUUAGUGAAAGUGGCAGCAGCGCCAGCAAUAUGACGUUCAGCAAGCCAACGCUAGCACUGACAAAGGACGCACUAUUGGAUACUCAACGGCGACGGUUGGAAAUGAGACCCCCUGGACCGCACGGAUACUCCGUGUACACGAAAUAUGCAUCCUAUAACCCGGUUUCGCGCCGGGACUCUGAACUGGCCAGUGUGAGCUCGGGCCACACCGAUUCUGAUACGUAUAUGUCCACUGAUGGUCGCUCUCAAUCUCAAUGGAGGGACAACCAUCGUCAUCAUACGUUGAUUGAGCGAAGACUGAUGAAUGAGAAUGCCAAAGCCAACAAAGAGCCGCAGGAUUCGCUGCCUUAUAUCCCCCGGACGCAACGACACACCGGCAUACCAAAACCGUUACCUGAGGAAGAGUUCGCGUCGAUACUGAAUAGCAAGUUGGUGGAGGUGAAACAGAAGCAGGACCAGGAAUUGCUAAGGAAGAAGUUACAGGAGAAGUUACAAGUUGAGGAUGAGAACGAUCAGGACAUCCUUGAUCAGCAUGUGUCUCGCGUUUGGUCUGAUCUAACGCCGAGCCGUUCGCCGGACGCAAUGUCUCCCUGUCCCAACAUCAGCCGGUCACGACGUCAUGAAAUGGGUGUCUUCGGUAGUGGACUAAUGAGCGCACAAUCUUCAAUGCGACACUCGAAAUCAAUGCCGGAUGGCCAUCCGCUGAGCAUGAUGGCACCACCGCUGCAACCACCUAGAAAAUUAAACAACAAAUGGCCUUCGGUCAACACAGACAGCGGAAUAAGUCUGUUCUCAGCCGAUACGCUAACGAAAUACAGUAAUAAGGAUAUGCAGUGUAGCUCACGGCCGCUAUCCAGGACGAUGCACAUCGAAAUGUCGCAAAUGAACACUGCCGCCCAACUACAAGAAUCCAGCAGACGACUAGAAGAUGAAACUAGGAGAUCGAAAAGGUAUCAACAGGGCACACCUCCGCUUUCUGCCGGCUCGAUGUCGCUAGUACCACCGCCAAUACCUGCCAGACCCGAUAGCUCAGCCAUGGAGUUUACCGUCGUGGUGUACUCCUUUUGCGACGAAGAGAUGCCAUAUCGGAUAAAAAUUCCUGGCAUUCAUCCACCCACCCUCAAGCAGUUCAAAGAUUACCUUCCGAAGAAAGGCAACUAUCGAUUUUUCUUCAAGACCCGCUGCGGAGACCUGGAUGACCCAGUGAUCCAGGAGGAGAUCAUCAACGAUAACGAAAGGUUACCUUUGUUCGAAGGCAAAGUUAUGGGAACGGUGAAGCCGUUGGAGUAGCAACGUCACUGCUCAAGAAACGAGUCCCUCACUGGCCUGGUACACCCACAAUAACGGCCAAUGUUAUCUGUGGGAGCAUAGAACAAGCUGGACAGGAACACCGUUGGCAAAAUAUGCUAUUUGAAUGUACACUUCCCUGUCUAGGUUUCGGUUGUUUGUCUCGUAUGGUGUUUAUUUUCUUUGAGAUUGUACAUUUUUUUUGUCCGGAAAACAAAAGUUAUUAUUAGCGUUCCAAUUAGAAAACCGACUACAUCUUUGGUACAAUAUCUUUCGUCCUUAUUUCCAUUUCUUUUGAAAACAAAGGCUACAAAACAAUCAAAACUUCGACAGGGAUGCAGAACGAAAAAACACACAGCGAAAGUGCCUUUUCAACGAAGAUGUGAGCUUUAUGCGCGCAAUCAGAUGCGGAUAAACAAAAUAAAAACACGAUUUACACAACCGAUUGAAUACAUAAGUUAAUGUGUGUUCAGAGCCGGCUAGCGGUGAACGGAUAGAAUUUAAAAUAUUAUUGAAAUUUCUCUCCGAAAAAAAAGUAUGUAGCAAAAGGAAAAAAAAGUCUAACCACUUCAUACGUUUUUCUUCCAUUGUACACAGCCCAGCAAUAAUCUCGGAGAGAAUUGAGUCUUAACAGUAUUUUUCUGUAAUUUAAUUGUCUCACGCUUUAGAGAAAGAGCUACGGGAGGUUUCUGCGGUUUUUGUAAGCAAUAUUAUAAUAUUUUUAUUUAUUGAGCAACUUUUGCCUUCCCUCUAGAUGUUUAGAAUCGAACCGAACGCCAAGUCGACAUCAGUUAGGGAACUUUUGUUUUAUUCUAAAAUUUGUGUAUAGACAAUAACUUCACAAUCGACCAGUUCGUUUCACUUUUUCUUCUCUCGACUGAAUGAAGGUUUCUUUGAUAUAUGUUUAGGCUCUGUCUUUAUUUUCGCUCGAAUUCGUGUGGCUAUUGAAACAUUUCACUAAAACAAAAAUGUAUCAAGUUCAGUUCGAUUUUAAAAUAGGAUUACAUGCAACCGCUUAUUCGAUUGUUAGAGAAUGUAUAUAUUUAUACAGAACUUGUACUGAAGUUGCAAUGAACGAAAAUAAGAAAUUUGAGAUGUGAAUAAAAUAUAUAUUUAGAAACAUACAUAUGGGAUGAAGGUAAUAACACAAUUCAUUACAUUGGAA